AUGGCCGCCCCCCGACCAGUCCAAUCUCCCAACCGGAGUCGUGGUUUCAGUGUCAAAUCUGAACAAUCCAACGCCUCCAGCAAAUCCGGUCACAAAUCCCAUCAGUCGGAAUCCUCCCAGGAGAAGGCUAGGCACAAUCUACACACCAAAGCCGAUCCGCUCGUCGCCAUGAAUGAGUUGCAGCCCAAUCGCGUCGCCUUGGAGAAGUCCAAUUUGGGCUCUCUCCGCGAGAUGGAGCAUAAAGAUCAGUACGGCAACGUUAUCACCGAUCCCGACUGGUCAAACCCCACCCGGCCUCGCUUUGAACGCCCGCUCGAUACCAUCAAAUCAUUCGAGGCAGCCAUCUACGGCACAUACAGCAGCAAUCGCCAUUCGUAUGCCAAAACAGAUGAUGCCGCCUCACAAAUGGGCGACUUCAGCCGGCGGACAAGCUACUACGGACCGAACGGCCACUCGAACCGCGGAUACGAUCAGAACGCCCAUUACGCCAGUCGAGCCGGCCCAUCGCGCCCGGACAGCGUCGUCGACAACUACCAGAGCCAAGCCCCGGAGAACCACUACCCCUACCAGAACGGUCGCCGACAACGGCACCACCCGCGCGCAUCAAACGAGCAGGCCGGGUACAAUGGCAAUGGCAACGGCUACUCGCAACAGGCGUACCAGCCCCCCUACGACAACGGAGCCGCCAUGUCCGGCUCCGGCUACAUGGAGCCCUACGGCCAAGCGACCGAUCCGAGUUCUAUGAACAGCUCCAUGGACCAAUUGCAGCAGCAUGCUAUGCAGCAGCAUCGGCUCGACGAGCGCGCCCAGGCCGACUACGGCUUCCAGGGUUUCGGCGCUGGUCCCAGUCUCGCCGCCAAGGGCCAAUCUUCUGCGUCGGCUGGACCUAGCUGGAACGGAUCUUCACAGGCACCGGCUGUGAAUCGACUGACCAAGGCUGCCAACACGGCAACCCCGGCAAAUAACGAAAAGAGGAAGAGCUGGUUCAAGAAGCGGUUUAGCAAGGAGUAG